AUGAAUAGUGCUUGUGAUGAUCUCCCUGCUGUCUUUGGCGCAUGCACUUGGCCAAUUUCAGCAAUGAACCAGAGUGAAUCAAUGUGGCCAUUAGGAAAGAUAAUAGAAGUUUCACCUGCUACUUCAAUAUCAUCGUUCCAAGAUGUGGUGCAGAUUGAAACUUCCCAUCAGAAUCCUCAACCUGUUAUGAUCGACAGGAAUGAAUCAGAGCUUGCACUAGAAAAGCUGGCACUCGAAUUAUCAGUUAGUAAUAUUACUAGCACACCUUCUUUGCUUCCACCGUUAACAACAUUGUCUCUAAAUGAGAUAGUGGAGAUAAGCCAUCAAAGGUUUGAUCAGAACCCCCAAGUUUCAGGUAUGACAAGGAGUGAAUCUGAAUUGGCCUUGGAAAAGUUUUUAGACGAAUUGUCAGCCACUGCUUCUUCUGUGGUGCCACUAUUGCCAACUUCAUCGAUAGUUGACAACGAGAACAUAAUAAAAGUAGAAAAUCCUAAACUUGCUCAAGCUUCAGCAUUGGAUAUUAAUUAUGUGCUUAAGGCCAAACUCAAUAUGGCGUGCGCUGCUGCUGCCGCCCUAUUUGGGGGAUCGUCUACACAUCCCGAAGAUCCAAUACAAGCUGAACAAGAUUUUGGGCCAUCUCCUGAAUCCGAGAUUGAUGCUAUGCUGAGAAAGCGAAAAGUACAAAUAAGGCAAACAAUAAGUGAUGCAUCAUCUAAAGAAAACUCAGAAACCAUUGAACAAAUAGAUCCUGAAGAGGCAAAACGUGCGAGGAGGCUCGAGAUUGAUCAAUUAAUGUACGAGCAUGCUUCAAUGGCAUCAGAAUUGGCUAAAGUACGAAAAAUGCAUCAUGAUGCUAUUGCUGAGAAUGAAAAAUUGAAGGAUGAAAUUGGGACAUUAAAAGCUAAGGUGAAUAAGGUUGAAGAAAAUGUUGAACAACUGAUGAAGUUGAACCCCAUGCUCAUCUUGAAUUUUCGGAGGCAAAGUGACAUGCAAUUUGUUAGCUGCCAAGCAAGUCAUGCAUCUUCAAAUGUUGUGUUCAAUCUGGAACCAAACUCCAUCCAACAAGGGCAGGCAGAUCUUGACAAUGCUCCUUCUACUUCUUCACUUCACAGAGUGGCCAACAUCUACUUCCUUGACGACAAUAACGUUGCCAGAAAGCCACAAAUUGAUGAUUCGAAAAUUACAAGUACAAUCAACAUCGGAUCACGGAAUAUAUGCGGCAAUGACAUGUCAUUCAUUCAAGGUUGCCACUUUUUUGGUUAA